AUGGCGCCAAAAACGGAUCAAGAAUGGCACGAGGAGACGUCGCAGUUCAACUAUAUACCAGGGAGCGACGCGGAGAAGAGGCUUAUACGCAAGAUUGAUAUGAGAAUUGUGCCGACUGUGUGGAUCCUGUACACGCUUUCGUAUCUCGACCGCGCGAACAUCGCCAACGCGAAAGUCGGAGGUCUGGAAACCUCUUUGGGACUCACGUCUAACCAGUACUCCGUCGUCCUGCUUCUCUUCUUUGUUUCCUAUGUCAUCUUUGAAAUUCCUGCAAACAUGAUUCUCACCCGUGUCCGUCCAUCGGUCUACUUAUCUGUGCUGUGCUUUUUGUGGGGUGGUGUCGCAUCGUGUAUGGCUGCGAUCAAGAACUGGCAACAAUUAGCUGGCGUUCGUUUCUGCUUGGGUGUCAUUGAAGCCGGUUUCGCUCCCGGAGUUGCAUUCUACCUUUCGUCAUGGUACAAGCGCCAUGAGCUCGCCAAGCGCUAUUCCAUCUACUACACUGCUACGGCCGUUUCGGGUGCCUUUUCUGGACUACUCGCAGGUGUCAUUACCGACAACCUCGCCAUCGCUCGUGGUGUUGAAGGAUGGCAAUGGCUAUUCUUGAUCGAGGGCCUUGGCUCGUGCUUCUUGGCGCUCUUCACCUGGAUGAUCCUCCCCGAUUGGCCGAUGACUACAAAAUGGCUAACCGCCGAGGAAAAAUUCAUUGCCGUUCAGCGCCUCAAGCAGGACGGCAUCGGCGGCGUAGCCGUAGGCAAUGAACCCACGCAUAAGGAGUGCCUCAAAAUGGCAUUGACAGACUGGCGCACCUGGUACCUCUCCAUCAUGUACAUGCUCGCUACCGGCUCGCAGACCAUCCAGUACUUCGUCCCCACCCUCGUUGGCCAGCUUGGUUAUAGCGGCUACUCGAAGCAGUACAUGACUAUCCCCAUCUACGUGGUUGCGUUCUUCUGCAUCUUGGGUUUCUGCUUCCUCAGCGACAUCAAGAAGGAGCGAGGGAAUUAUGUCAGCCUCACGGCACUGAUUGCGGGGAUCAGUUUUAUUGUUGUGGUGGCUGUUAAUGCUAAGAAGGUCAAGUAUGCGUUCCUGUGCUUCGCUGUGGGGAGUGUGUAUGCGGCUUGUCCUUUGACGUUGCUGUGGGUCUCUAGUGUUAUUGACCACCCUGCGGAAAAACGUGCGGUUGCGAUCGCGUUGGUGAACGGUCUCGGAAAUUCUGCGUCUAUCUAUGGUUCCUUCCUCUGGCCUUCUUCAACUGGCCCUCGAUAUGUCCAAGGAUUCGCUACGACAACCGCCUUUGUCCUCACGCUCUGCAUCAUGGCGCAGGUGUUCAAAGUUCUCUUGAAGAAGUUCCCUGCGCAGGGUUUGAACGAUGUGGAACCUCGCGGAGUUGUUGAUGAGAAGAGUGAUAUCGCGAGCGUCUAA